CAGCGGGGCUCGUCAGCAAUGAUCGCUGUGUGAACCCACGGAGCGACAGCCUCUUCCUGCAGGGCCAGCAAAGGAAACUAGAGCGGCGCCUUCCUCUUCUAUCCAGACCUAAGCUGAGCCGGUGUGAUGCCCGAGCCCGCACUCUGUUCCGCCCGAAAACGAGCCGCACCGCCUAAAUGGAAAGCGAACGAGAUGCUGCGCUACCGCCCGGCCGAGAGGAGGUGUGACGCCGGCGCUUCUAGGAGGGAGGAAGUGACCCCCCGUCCCGGUUCCGGCAACCGGAAGUGUGUGGAACAGACUCCGCUCGAGAGGCCUAAGGAGGUGGCUGUGAUGAGGGUGAAUGAGGCCUGAGAGUCGCGUAACCCUGCGAAUGGGAGCGGAGCGGGGGUUGGGAGCGAAGUAUCGGGUAACGCAAGACCGAGGUGUGGAAACGGAUGUGUGGCAUGGUCUCAUACAUGCAGCAGCAGAAACUGUUCUAAAGGCUACAGGGCGCCUGGUGGGACAAACAUAACUGUCUAUUACAGCUUUAUCCCACGUUUCUUCCAAGGAGCUUAGUGUGGUGUACAUGGUCUCGCUUCCCCUUUCUUAUUUUCACAACAAGCCCAUAAGACUUUGCCCAUGGAUGAGUUGGUGCAUGAUUUGGCCUCAGCCCUUGAGCAGACAUCUGAACAGAACAAGCUGGAUGAGCUGUGGGAAGAAAUGACUCUGAGCCCAAGGCAGCAGCGGCGACAGCUUCGCAAGAGACGAGGACGCAAACGACGUUCAGACUUAACACACCAGGCAGUGCAUGCUUGUUGCUACAGCGGGGCCUCCGAAUCCAGCCUCGAUGAAGUUGUGGAGGACUGUCGGGAAGUGCUGACUGCCAACUUUAGUGACUCGGAUGACAUGGCAGUAGCCAAACGCCAUCCAACACUCAGUGCAACUCUGAGGAGUAAGCAGCACUCAUGGCAUGAGUCAGACUCAUUCACUGAGAAUGCACCUUGUCGGCCACUGAGGCGCCGUCGAAAAGUUAAGCGUGUGACUUCAGAGGUGGCUGCCAGCCUCCAGCAAAAACUCCGAGUAUCUGAAUGGAGUUAUGAGAAGGGUUGCCGGUUCAAAUCUGCUAAGAAGCAGCGAUUGUCACGUUGGAAGGAAAAUGCUCCCUGGACAUCAUCAAGCCGAGGACUUUGUGAGUCGGCAGAGACCAGAGCCUUUCUCAACAAAGGGGGAAGGAAUGAGAGGAUGGAAUGUGAAGCAGAUGAACAGAAGCAAGGUUCUGAUGAAAACAUGUCAGAAUGUGAAACCAGCAGUGUGUGCAGCAGCAGCGACACAGGUCUUUUUACCAAUGAUGAAGGUCGCCAAGGUGAUGAUGAGCAGAGUGAUUGGUUUUAUGAAGGAGAAUGUGUCCAAGGAUUCACAGUCCCCAACCUCCUCCCCAAGUGGGGAACUGACCGUCAGUCUGACAUGGAACGAAUGGAUUCUAGCCUUGAAAAAAUCUCAGAUCCAACAUUCCUUCUGCCCUCUCGGCCUGCUACGAGAGGAUUUCAUGCCCGCUUGAGCCGCCUUCCCAGUGUUCCUACCCGCUGCCUCAGGAAGGGCCGUAGGAGGCUGGUUAGCAAGGAGACCAUCAUGAGUGCUAUGGGCACUGAAAGGAUUAGCCACAUCAUUGGUGAUUCCUGCCAAAAAGAUCUUUUCUUAUGCUUCCUUCAAUUUCAUCUCUUCUACCAUCUCUCUAGUUUCUGGUUGCCGUCAAAGGGAAUGAGAGAUCGCAACCAGUUCAAUCCACUAUCUCCUCUGUACUCUCUGGAUGUUCUUGCUGAUGCUUCACACCGAAGGUGCUCACCAGCACACUGCACAGCCAGGCAGACUAAUAUACAUCUGGGACCUCCAUGUUCAAGGGACAUCAAGAGGAAGAGGAAGCCAGUAAUGGCAACAGCCUCUCUUUCCAGCCCAACCUCCGCGGCUUUAUCCAUCCACAUAGAUACAUCAGAUCCUGGCCUGCCUGUGCCACACUCCCAGAGGCACCAGAACUGACUGGACGGGCAGAAUCCAUUCAUCAGAAAGAAGCAUUGCUACUACCCUGGGCAACUUUUUAAAAAAUGCCGCAGGAGAUAGUCCUUGACUGCACUAGAUGGAGGCAGCUCUUCUCUUGACAACUGGUUGGGCUUUUUCAUAUAUUGAACUUCAGCGUAUAUCAGAAUGUUCAUCAAAUGCCUUGUCUGGCAGUAGCUAUCAUGUCAGUGUUGGCAUGUGACAGCCACCCCUGUCAGCAUGAUCCGUUUAUCCCACUCAUCCUGCAAAUCAUGUUUGUAAAUUUAUGUAAAAAUGUAUAAUCAGUGUUGGGGUUUCCAUUUUUCUAAUGUUCCUGCUAUUGCCAUGCAAGUAUUUGUUGCACACUCUCAUUUUCAGCCUUAGCAGCAGCUGGUGGCAUGUGCAAAAUGGUAUUGGUUUUGCAGAUGCCUGUCUUUGUUGCAAAUCUCUUCAUUACUCAGGCAUAUCAGUUGUAGCAGAAUUCAACAAAAGUUCUAUUUACAAUGCUUUGGGGAGGUUGAGCCUAUGUCUCUGGUAAGUGUAAGAGCUGAAAACAAGCCAGUAGGAAUCCCUGAUUCAGAGUGAAGCUUAGCAGAGGAGAAACUGUUUUAUCUGAGCUGGAAUUUUAUAUUGGGAACAUUUCCAAAAGCUACUUGUUGGUCUUUGUUUUGAGUAAAUAGACUGGGUUAGUCCCCAUCAGGUUGUUUUUAAUACAGUGUCAUACUUUCAGGUUUGUCCUCCAGUAUCACUGAGGUAUUCCGAUAUUGCUUUUAAACUAGGAUUCCUUCGAAUUUCUUUCCUCUGUCUCCUGUUGCAUGAGCCAGUGGAACUAUAAAUGCACGGACUGAAGUGUCAUGUCAGGAAGCUUUCCAAUAUAUAACCUUAAAGUGAAUGACAAUGAAAUGGACUCAACUUUAGCUGUUCUCUUUUGAAAGCUACUGUAAGAAUAACUUGAGACAUUAAUCUGAAGUCCAUAUGUUGCUAAUUUUAGGUAUAAUGUGGUUCCAGAGUAACCUUUGUGAAGGACAACCACUUACUCUAUUGUCUUUAAAUUGGGAUGUUUCCUAUAAUAUAAAAAAGGAAUCUCCCUUCUUGUCAGUAUGUACUGAGAAGGACAUACUGUAUUUUAUUCUACAUUUUCUGAGUACAGUGUUGUCACUACAGUGUGUGUGUGUUAGUUAAAUAGUAGAGAGUGGGGCCUUCUCCCCACAACUCCUCCCUUGCGAUCCUUUUUCCAGUAUAUGUGAGCAGGGCUGCAAACUAGUCCAGAUUCCUAGGUACCAGCAUCAUAAGAACAUAAGAAGAGCCUGCUGGAUCAGGCCAGUGGCCCAUCUAGUCCAGCAUCCUGUUCUCACAGUGGCCAGCCAGGUGCCUGGGGGAAGCCCGCAAGCAGGACCCGAGUGCAAGAACACUCUCCCCUCCUGAGGCUUCCGGCAACUGGUUUUCAGAAGCAUGCUGCCUCUGACUAGGGUGGCACAGCACAGCCAUCAUGGCUAGUAGCCAUUGAUAGCCCUGUCCUCCAUGAAUUUGUCUAAUCUUCUUUUAAAGCCGUCCAAGCUGGUGGCCAUUACUGCAUCUUGUGGGAGCAAAUUCCAUAGUUUAACUAUGCGCUGAGUAAAGAAGUACUUCCUU